CUUUCUCCUUCCCUCCCUCCCUCCCUCCCUUCUUUCUUUCUCUCCUUCCACACGUUAUUCGGUUUCGUCUCGAUGUAGACGAUCAGCCCCGGAGCUCACAGUUUUGGUUUUGGGGGGUGGGGGGGGAUACUCUGUUGUCGCGCCUUUUGCGCCAUGGAGGACCGCUGUUCCCCGGAAAACCAGAGGAUGGAAGCGUGGCUGGACGACCACUUGGAGUUCACCCACUCCUACUUUAUCAGGAAGGCGUCAAGGGAGAUGGUGAAUGCCUGGUUCGCUGAGCGCGUCCAUACCAUCCAGCCAUCUGCCUCCAAAGACAAUCCUCCACAACAGCGUGGCCACCAGCUCUCCGUAGAUCUCGUCCCUCCCUCUGCUUCCACCAUCCUCCCACCCACCCUCAACCUCCUGGACAACCGCUGCCCCUCCCCAGCUUCGGUCUCCAGCCCGGCCCCCGGCACCCCGACUCGCAAAAUCUCAGCGUCAGAGUUCGACCGCCCGCUCAGACCCAUCGUGGUCAAAGACUCAGAGGGCUCUCUGACGUUUCUGAGCGACUCCGACCGUGAAACUGUCCCUCUCCGGGGCUCAGUGAUGGGCGAGGGCGGUGUCAGUGGGGGAGGCGGUAACGGAGGUGGCGGUGGAAGCGGGGGUGACCGCUGCGCCAGACUGCUGGAGCUGGUGAAGGACGUGUCGAGUCAUCUGGAUGUGACAGCACUCUGCCACAAGAUCUUCCUUCACAUCAACGAGCUGAUCGCCGCAGACCGCUACUCGCUAUUUCUGGUGGGCGAGGACAGCUCCAACAGGAAGUUCCUGGUCAGCCGGCUGUUCGAUGUGGCCGAAGGCUCCACGCUGGAGGAAUCAUCCAGCAGCAGCAUCCGACUGGAGUGGAACAAAGGCAUCGUGGGACACGUAGCCGCCACGGGACAACCGCUCAAUAUCAAGAACGCUUAUGAGGACCCCAGGUUCAACGCAGAGGUGGACCUGAUCACAGGUUACAAAACGCAGAGCAUCCUUUGCCUGCCCAUCAAGAACCACAGAGAAGAGGUAGUUGGAGUGGCUCAGGCUAUCAACAAGAAAUGUGGGGAGGACGGUGCCUUCACUGAACAGGAUGAAAAGGACUUCUCGGCUUAUUUGGCCUUUUCGGGCAUUGUGCUGCACAACGCACAGCUGUACGAGACGUCACAGCUGGAAAACAGGCGCAAUCAGGUGUUGUUGGACCUGGCCAGCUUGAUCUUUGAGGAGCAGCAGUGCCUGGAGGUUUUACUGAGGAAGAUCGCAGGAACCAUCCUGUCCUUCAUGCAGGCUCAGGCUUGUACCGUGUUCAUCGCCGACGAAGACUCAAUGAACUCCUUCUCCAGUGUCUUUCACAUGGAAUACGAGGAGCUGGGUGAAGUCCUAGAUGCCCCCAAAAGGGACUGUGAUGUCAGUCAGAUUAACUACAUGUACGCUCAGUAUGUUAAAAACACCAUGCAGCCUCUCAACAUCGCUGAUGUCACCAAGGACCAGCGUUUCCCCUGGACGAGUGAAAACCCAGAUCACACCAGCAACCAGAUAAAGAGCUUGCUCUGCACUCCCAUCAGGAAUGGCAAGAAGGAUAAAGUCAUCGGUGUAUGUCAGUUGGUGAACAAAAUGGACGAAGCAUCCGGCAGCGUGAAGGCCUUCAACAGAAACGAUGAGCAGUUCCUGGAGGCAUUUGCCAUCUUCUGCGGCCUCGGUAUCCAGAACACACAGAUGUACGAAACAGUGGAGAGAGCCAUGGCCAAGCAGGAAGUCACUCUGGAGGUUUUGUCGUAUCACGCCUCCGCCGCAGAGGAAGAAUCGCGGGAACUCCAGGUAACCGCGGUAGCCACAGUGCCGUCGGCCCAGUCGCUGCGCCUUCUGGACUUCAGCUUCAGCGACUUCGACUUGUCGGACACUGAGACCACGCUGGCUACCAUCCGGAUGUUUGUCGACCUCAACCUGGUCCAGAACUUCCAGAUGAAGUACACGAGUUUAUGUCAGUGGAUUAUGAGCGUUAAGAAGAACUACAGGAAGAAUGUGGCUUAUCACAACUGGAGACAUGCCUUCAACACAUCCCAGUGCAUGUUUGCACUCCUCAAGUCCGGGCGCUUACAGAAUAACCUGAGCGACGUGGAGGUCUUGGCUCUGAUGAUUGCAACGCUCAGCCAUGACCUGGACCACAGAGGAGUCAACAACUCCUACAUACAGAGGAGUGACCACCCACUGGCCCAGCUCUACUGCCACUCCACCAUGGAGCAUCACCACUUCGACCAGUGCCUCAUGAUCCUCAACAGUCCUGGAAACCAGAUCCUCAGCGGUCUCUCCCUGGACGAGUACAAGGCCACUCUGAAGAUGAUCGAGAGGGCUAUUCUGGCCACCGACCUCGCCCUGUACAUGAAGAGGCGAGGGGAGUUCUUUGAGCUCACCAAGAACAGCCAGUUUGUUUGGGAGGACGAACAUCACAGAGACUUACUGAGGUCAAUGCUGAUGACUGCAUGUGACAUCUCAGCCAUCACGAAGCCCUGGCCAGUGCAAAAAAGGAUUGCGGAGCUGGUGGCCACUGAGUUCUUUGAACAGGGGGAUAAGGAGAGGCGAGAGCUGAACAUUGAGCCUAUUGACCUGAUGAAUCGUGAGAAAAGAGAUAAGAUACCCAGCAUGCAGGUGUCCUUCAUUGAUGCCAUCUGCAUUCAGUUAUAUGAGACUUUGGCAGGCAUGUCAGAGUACUGCUCCCCAUUGCUGGAGGGAUGUCAGAAAAACCGGCAGCAUUGGAAGCGAUUGGCUGAGGAGUGCGAGAAGGGGCUGGUCAACGGCUUGGUGUGAUCUGGAUGCCAGUUUGGGUUUCAACACAAAUUCCCAGGGUUCUCCCUGUUCAACCUGGUCUCACAAAGUUUCAUGAACUUAGCAUGAUAUCUAGAGCAGACAAAUAACAUGCUGUGACAAAGAAUAUUACUUUCCCUACACCGAAAAGAUUGUGGUGUAAAAAAAAAUUUGGUCUGACAGUGAAAUGGCAAGUACACUUGCCUUCAGGUUUAGCAGUCUUGAACCAGGGUCAGGUCAUAGUCAGUUUCAUAGGUUUGUCCAUCUUUCCUAUCUGUAAUAAUAACGUACUCGGCUAGCAAGUUCAUUGCUCGGAUCUGGGAAUGUGGCCAUGCUAUCAGUCACACAGAAUGCUAACAUAAGCAUGCUAAAAGGUUCGCAAGGACAAUAGUGACAUGUUUGGGAUCAAAUAAGGAGGUAUUAUCAGUGUCACUCCCAAAUUCUUGCAUAGCAUCUGCUUUAUCAGGACUGCACAUUGGUGGCGUCACAUUUGAACAAAGCUGGUGUCGUCACAGUUGCUCCUUUCAGGUGACGGGAAGUUUGCCUUGUAACAAGUGCUUAAUUUUUCUUAAUUUAUCUUUUCCUAAAUCUAAAUUGGUUUCGAUGCCUAAACUUAACCACACAGUAAGUGAAAACAUUACUUCAGUCACAAAAUCAAUCGAUAUUAAGGGAAAAAAUAAUGAUCCAUGGGUCAAAUAUUGACUCUAGUGGCACCAAUGUCAACGGACACCUUAUCUCUCAGACGCCAGUCGCUUUGACAAAACAACAGUAUUUGAAGGCUGAAAAAUUAAAACCAGCUGGUAUUCUAUGACGUUCCCCAACUUCUCAAUCCUAUUUUAGCAUGUUAGCGUGAUAGCAUUUGCCAAUUAGCAGUAAACACAAAUCACAGCGGAGGAUGAUGGGAGUGCCAUUCGUUUUGUGAGCAUUUAGUCAGUAGGCCGCUUCCCUCUGCAGGAAAUCAGAGCAGGUGGUGCAAUGGCUGACAGCAACAGCCUCGUAAUCAGCCCUUUCAGCCUUUCUGUUUCUAUCACGGUGUUGAAUCCAACCACUUCUACUGUGACAUUAACUCCAUAUGUGCCAAACAAAGAUAAAUCGUAGCUACUGGACUUUACUCUAGUUCAAUAAAUAUGUAGAACAAUGGAGGGUUAAUGUUGGGCCUGAAUGAUGAAUUUUACAUUUUUGAUGGUGAUGUCAGGGCGAUGGAGACUGCUACUGAACAAGGACAUUAAGAGGGCAGACAAAUGGUGCUUGUUGGCUUUCCAAAUUUAACCAAUCAGCAUUUGUCUUCUCGGAGUUUAAUCGCUCAACAUCAUAACCCGCAAAGCAGUUUUUAGGGUCACUUAGAAGUAGGUACUUUUUCUUUCCUAAAAGUGGCCCUGAAAGAGGUUCUACAGGAGCGUUCCCUUCAGUUGGAACAUGCUCAAGACCGCAUGAAAAGGCCAAUUAGUAGGCUGUUCCAGUAAACGUUCACGCCACCUCCCACCUGCCCGAGUUCCUGCAGACAUGUUAGCAUACUUUGUUGUAGCAAUUUUGCCAUCUUCCCAGGUCGCAGUGGUUUUAGCGAGUACGUAGCACAACAGAUAUGAAAAAAUGGCUAAAACUGUGAAACUAAACCCAAGUUGGAAUACCUGCCAAAAUAACAACUUCAACAAAUUUGUUCGUUAGCUUGAUUUAACCGUUAACUAGCUCCCACAACAAACAGGAGGAAGUAACGUGUCGUGUCCACAACAUGGCAUCAUCGUUUCUGGGGUCAUGCUCUUUUCGUUAAAGUUUGCAAGACCUGUCUUCCUGUCGUCACUAUUCCGUACGUCACUCACCAGAGGUAAUAACAGAGUCAGCACUAAGCUAUAUUUAUUAGCAUAGCCAUUUUUAUUUUUGCACAGAGUGGCUUUUAUCUUGAAGUCUCACCUACGCUAUCCAUCACAGGUAGUGAAGUUUAGGGGAACACUGGAUGGUUGGACACAGAUCCGUAGAGAUCAGCACCGUUCCAGUGGGCUCAAGAUACUGUACUUGCUAUAUACUUUACAUAGUGUCACAACAAUCUGAUAAGCUUGUUAAAUGUCUUUGUUCACAGCACACACACACUACAUGGGUUUGAAUCUUUCGAACAUAUUUUUUUUUUUGUCACUCAUUGUCUUAACUAUUGCAUAUUUAUUUUUUGUUUUAUAUAUUUAUUAGAGUAUCUAUAUUGUAAGGUCAUCCUUUUGUCAAGAGCACACGAUUCUUUAUAUAAUGAAAUGUAGUUUUCAUACUCAAAAAGAAAAAAAAAUCCCAUCUCUGCUUUUUUGAAGGACCUUUCUUAGGGAAAACUCUUUCAGAUGACAUUUGGAAAUGUACUGUAUUGUGUUAUCUGAAAAUCAGAUUUAUUAUUUUUUUCUCAAAAAUGUAAAAGAGCCAAAGACUAGACCUGAAAUUUCAAAGGGAAAUAGGUCUAGAUGUUUCCACUGCCUUGUUGUAAUAAAAUAGGACCAAUUCACGAUUAAAAGAAAGAACCUAUUUUUAUUCAUCAUCCACAUCUCUCUGCAUCCAUUAAUGCCUUUUUUUCUCAACAAAAGGCUGUUUUUACAUCCCAGUUUUUAUAAAGUGAGUGAUGGGGGAGUGUUUCUGUUAAGUCGCGGGCAGCCUGACCCCACAGUGUUGACAUUUACUAUUUUGAUGUCAUAACAACAGACCAUGAAGUACGUUUAGCUCAAAACCAACCAACAACAUGUAAUCGAGGGUGUCAUCUGGCUCCGAUACAUUCUGUGCUAUCACACAUAAUUGCUAUUUGUGUAAAUCGCCGAUGGUUAAAUAUACAUGACUUAAAUUUAUCUUUUAUCCACCAUCAAGCUAGUUGGAAUGAAAAAGAUUGGCUCAGAAGAUUCUUCAGCCACAUUCAGAGUGUCGGAUUGUGCUAAAAAGCCCCCUCCAUAUAAAAUAACUCAGAAUGUAUCCAAGCAAAUGUGCUGACAAGUUGUUCAUAUCACACUCAAACAGCAAAAAGGGUUCGCACAUCAGAAUCGACUCAUACUUCCAGUCAUUCUUCAGCAUGCAGUUCAGUUUCAGAUUUGGGUACACAAAUAAACACGUCAGUCGACUUAUUACCAACAGUGACUGACUGUACCGAGGUGUCCUUAGAUCUGCCUAUCAGAUAAUCCACUUUCCUGCAUUUAGUCCUGCAAGUUUAACCACCAAAAAAGCUCCCAUGUGUUCUAAUUAAUGUGGGCUUUUUCUGGCAAUUCCAAAGAAAACAUUACUAACAACAACAACAGCAAAAAAAAAGAAAGAACAAGCAACAAACCUGUAAAUCCAUUUCCUAUAAAGGUUCCCCUUUAGAUUCACUGGAUGUGGACUGUACUUAGAAGUCUGCUAUUUCCACCACACAUUUUCCCAUUUUGCAAUCUGCUUGUACUGUUUUUUUUUUUUUAAUUGCCUUCAGAAAACAACAACCUCCGAGCAGCAACAUACACACAAGUUUUGCCAAAGAUUUAGAUCAUGCAAUAAGGCAGUAGGGGUCGAGCUUUUAUUGGCCUGACUGAUUAUCAGAUCCGAUAGUCAGCAUUUUUUCAGACUUAUGUGCUUUUUUAAAAAAUUGAUUCAAUGUAAAAAUGCCCUAAAAAAGAUGUAUAUCAUAUGGCCUCUCUAUAGCAGUCCUACUUGUUUUUUUCCCCCCCAUGAAUUACUUGUUAUAAUGUGCAAAUGUUUCACCAAAACCGUUCCCUUCAGCACUAUUUUGCUGGGGCACCAUCACUCCAUCCUGGGCUAAGCACCACCCAAGAUGACUUUGAUUAGAAAUAUGCACUGGACAGAGCUUUUUUUUACCCCAAAUGCUGAAUAAUAAUGGAUGCAGUCAGACCAUUCAACAGGAGAUACUCACUACUCCUUAGUCAAUACUGUUUCUGAAGUGUUGAACAAAGGUUAACAUUUUUGCCUAUCCAAAAAUUGCAAUUGUACAAAAAACAAAACAAAAAAUGAAGCGUUUCUUUGCAUAAAUGAAUAUCAAAUUUAUGGAUUAGUGGACUUUACACCAAAAACGUCGCUGUGACCACCAGGGCGUCAACAAAAACACUGAUGGCGACCUCACACAACUUGUACUAGUUUGUAGUUAGUACUAGUUAGUACAGCACAGACAGAGGAGGGGGAAUAGUCACUCUGGCUGCAAGUAGAACAAAUUCAAACUAAGACAGCUCUUUUUAGGAUAGUAACUGUAUAUGUACCGGUACUAACCCUCCUUCCGAAGAGGAUUAGCAAGGACUAAAUCAAAGCAGCUAUCUGUUGUGGGUGUGUGAACCCUGUUUGUGCUUUGAGUGUGGUUUCACUACAACCAAGAGUCAGCACAUGUAGCUGCCGUCCACUGCUAAAAACCCGACAGUCUUAUGCGGCUCCGUAGCAGCAGUUCCCAACCCAGGAGUUGAAUAUCUGAGAGGUCACUACCACCAGCAGAUUAAAGGCCUCCAAAAGAAAAACCUGUUACAUAAGUCUGUCGUUUUUUUGCCUUUUCCCUUUCGCCUCGGGAAAUACAGGCCUCUACAAAUCAUUCAAAUGAAACUGUCAGAGAAGGAACAAUCACUCCUGCUGCUGCAGUACGACUGCAUGGGUAUAGUUAAAAAUGCUUGGAACACCAUUGUGGGUGCAAGCUUUUUGUACAUUUACAAAAAUAUUCUUUUGCUUUGGGGGAUACUUUUUCAUCAGAAUCCUGUUUAACAAAAGAAGCAUAAGGUUGCAAAUUGUAACUGUUUUUGUGCUCUUGGAACAUAAACUUGUGAAAUGAGCAGGACCAAGAUAACCCAGAAGGUCAACUUUUGGGUACUUGAGACCAAAUAUCACAGUUCGAUUCGCAUUCGAUGACCUGUGAUGAGGAGUCACAACCAAAAAAGGUUGGGAACCACUGCCAAAUAGAACAGUAAACUAGCUGCAUUUGUCCUACAGACACCUACAAAUGAGGUGAUCUGCAGUCAGUCUACUUGGUGGUAAACAGCAAGGGGCUUCUGCUGGUUAAUGAUAAGUCACCAUAGCUGAUGAGGGAAUUUUCCACUUAGACCUCCUGCUUUAAAACACACUUCCAGAUUUUUAUUUUUUUUUUGUUAUCAUGUAUGGAGUGAAAGUUUCAGACAAUAAAGAUGUCGGUCGUUUACUUCUGCCAUCAUUCAGAUCACUUUACGCUGUUUGACAAAGCUGUAGUGCUCAGUACGCACACUAACAGGUGCCCCCCUAGGUGCAUUCUAGUAACAGCAACAAACGGGCUCGACGACCUCGUCGAAAAAAGCACUUUUGUAGACGCACAUGCUCACAAAGCUCAUUUGUAUCCGUGGUUGUGUUUUGUACUUUGAAUAAGUCUCCAGGACUGUAAUACAUGUGCCUGUAGCCUAACCUCUGUGCUUCUUUCAGAAACAACUAUUAUUUCCUCACUGCUUGGGUCUCAGAGAAUCUUUGGUUUCCUGCAUGUACAUAGGAGGGCAUUACACCAGAGAGAGAGAGACAGAUGUUUGUUUUUUUUAAAGAUAAGAGAUAUGUGGGUGUCUCCUGCAGGUGACAUAAUGUAAUAUGCUGAUACGGUACCGUUAUGAAGGAGGUGUUCUACAUCUGCAACUGUCGACACCACUGAACACUGUGAGCCAAGUAAAUGGUAUGUCCCAUUAAAGAAUAAUGCUUAUUUUCUA